UAGAACCUUUCUGUCUUUCACUUCAACGCUUCCUCUUUCGAAUAGCAAAGAGUUUAAAGUGCUAACAUGACACGCGGGGGAAACACUCGUUAGGUAAAUACACUUACAAAAAAAGAGAAAAAAUACCCCACGUCGCUGGGGGUAGAAAGAAGAACUCAGUCCACGUCUUAUUAUCUGUAUAUAUUCAACCAGUAUUGGACACUACAAUGGUAACGCACAUCUGCUUUAUUUGCCAUAAAGUGAACACACAAACAUGUCCAGAACACACAUGCCGGAGCCCUGUUUUUCUUGCACAAAGCAACUUUACAUGGGAAAUCUAUAGGAGCUGGGGGCCAUGCAAUCCGCGCCCCCAGCCCCCCCAGACCGGUCCUGAAGAUGCCACUGUUACAUCUACCUGCUCAGAUCCCUCCAUCAUGUCCCCCCUCAUGCCCGGAAGACAAUUUGUGCAGCGGCUGAGAAACGGCGUCUCUCCCUCUGCGCUGCUCAACCUCCGCCGCGGCUGUUUCUGCUCCAAACACAUUCACUUACAUAUGACACUUUGCGGGGAAAAUUCUUCACAAUUGGUGUCUUGAGUGUGCGGCAUAAAUAGCAGGCAGAGCCCUCACUGGGUUAUGAUGGGGCGGCUUGGUGCUCGCUGGCAUGGCGCGUCGCUGAUUGGUCGCGCUUCCACCUGACGUCAGGAGGCUGGGAAUAAGGCUGGGCUGGAGCUUUAGGAGCAAGACAGUGUAAGUGGAGAGCCAGCGCAUCCCUGCAUAUACGCACGGAGGUGGAGACUGUGGGCAUCCCAGCAUCAACAACGACAACUACACCGGAGGCGCCAUCGAGUUCCAGCUUCAACGUCCAGGAUCGUCCAGCACACCUUCAGGGGGGGGGAGACACUCGUCCACCUGUGUGGCUUCAAUCCUUCGGGCUGUGGGAUCUUUGUUUCUCACCGGGGUUUGGACUGAGGAUACGCUGCCAUGUCAAAGGGCACCGCAUUAUUUACAGGCGCGCGUGUCUCUGUGUUGUGUGACAGCUCCGUCCAAGAAGAAUUACAUUAGACUCUUCACCCAGCAGUGACUGGCACCGCUCGAAGCUCCUCUUCUUCUUCGCCCGAUGCAUCACUUCCAAGAGAGCUGGGACAUCCACGGCGGCUCUGGUCUCUCAGUCUGCAGUUCUUUUUGACUUCGAAUCAUUUUAUUUUUUGUAUUUUUUUUUUUUUUGUUUGCUCCACUUGGCGAAUCUCCCACUCUAUUUUUCCCGGAUACAACGAGGGACUGAUUUAUCCAUUUAUUUAUUUAUCUAUUUAUUUAUUUCUCUUGCUUCUUUGCUCUCAAAGAGGAAGGAAGGGGGACGUUGUUGCUGCUGCUGCUGCUGCUCCUGCCAUCCAUCCCUGUUUGUUUUUCCUCUUUAUUUUUUUCCCUCCCCUUUUGGACGCUUGAGCCUUUUUACGCAUGCAGGGAGAAAUCUGUGGUGACACCUGAUCGACUGACUUCCCCGCGCACAUUGACCCGGGAGCUCCAGGCGAUUUGGAGAGGGAGAAAGCAGAUAGUCGGUCAAUGCUCGGCCUGGGCUGUUGAUUUGGUUUGUGUGUGUGCGUGCGUGUGUGUGAGAGAGAGAGACUGUGCGUGCGCGCUUCAUCUGCCGGGGUUUGUAGCCCAGCCAAAGCCAUGGUCCACUGCGCCGGCUGCGAGAGGCCUAUCCUGGACCGCUUUCUGCUCAACGUGCUGGACAGAGCCUGGCACGUCAAAUGCGUGCAGUGCUGCGAGUGCAAAUGCAAUUUAACUGAGAAAUGCUUCUCACGGGAAGGAAGACUGUACUGCAAGAAUGAUUUCUUUAGGCGGUUCGGUACAAAGUGUGGCGGCUGCUCACAGGGCAUCUCUCCCAGUGACUUGGUGCGGAGGGCCCGCAGCAAAGUCUUUCACCUCAACUGCUUCACCUGCAUGAUGUGCAAUAGGCAGCUCUCCACCGGAGAGGAGCUCUACAUCAUCGACGAGAACAAAUUCGUCUGCAAAGACGAUUAUAUCAGCAACUCCAACGUAAAGGACACAUAUUUAAUUGCAGUAACAGCGUGCAGCGACCCGAGCCUAUCGCCGGACUCUCAGGACCAGCUCCAGGACGACGUGGUUCUGAAGGAGACAGAGAUCGCUGCGCUGUCUGACAAAGAAACGACGAACAACGAGAACGACGACCAGAACCUCGGUGGGAAGCGGCGGGGCCCGAGGACCACCAUCAAGGCCAAGCAGCUGGAGACGCUGAAGGCGGCGUUCGCGGCCACACCGAAGCCCACCAGACACAUCAGGGAGCAACUGGCCCAGGAGACCGGCCUCAACAUGAGGGUCAUCCAGGUCUGGUUCCAGAAUCGACGUUCCAAAGAGAGACGCAUGAAACAGCUGAGCGCGCUGGGCGCCCGGAGGCACGCGUUUUUCCGGAGCCCGAGAAGGAUGAGGACGCUGGUGGACCGGCUGGAGCCCGGGGAGCUGCUCCCCAACGGGCCCUUCUCCUACUAUGGAGAUUAUCAAAGUGAGUACUACGGCCCAGGAGGGAAUUAUGACUUCUUUCCUCAGGGGCCUCCGUCAUCACAGGCCCAGACCCCAGUUGAUCUCCCCUUCGUGCCCUCCUCAGGCCCCACUGGCACCCCCCUCGGAGGUAUGGACCACCCCCUGCCGGGCCACCACCCUUCCAGUGAAGUGCAACGUUUCUCUGACAUCAUGUCCCACCACCCGGGGGACUCUCCCAGCCCGGAGCCCGGCAUCCCGGGGCCCCUGCACAGCAUCUCCUCCGAGGUGUUCGGCCCCAACCCGCCCUUUACCUCACUGUCACUGAACGGCAGCGGCUACAGCAACCACCUGUCCCACCCACCCUCGGAAAUGAACGAGGGCACUGUGUGGUAGUUUUCAGGGGGAGCGGACUUUGACUGGCAAGAGAUUCAGUGACAGAGGACGGUGAGGUUUGGUGGCGGUGAUGGGGGCCUGGAAUUAUAAACAGGGACAUGGAUAUCAACAGGGUUAGGGGCAACUCCAUUAAAUCAUUAUUUUAUUAUUGUUAUUAAUUUUGUGGAGGGGAGGGGAGCGGGGGGAAGGGUGUUUGUUAUUUAUUUAUUUAUUUUCCCACAUGAUUGGUUUGUCUUCUUAGUGGGAAAGUUUAUCUGGCAUAAAAAUUAUGCUCCAAAAGUAUUGUCUUCAGUAUUGUGUUUUGAGUGUUUAACUGCUUCUUUUGCCCGCUCCUUACAUCCAAAACUGGGACUACAAAAAAAAAGCAACAACGACAACAAAAUAUAUAUAUAUAAUAAGAGGUGAAACUGUUGAACUGCCCCGUUUUCCAUUUCCAGGUGUGGGGGGUGAGGGGGCCCCGGUGACCCCAGCUUGUCAGGGGGCCCCAGCAUAACAACCAAACCGCCUUACUCUCAAAGGUGGGGGUAGAAAACGUCCCUUGCAAAUCUCUUACAGUAUGUUGUGAACAUGAAAACAUCACUAGCUACUGUCAAAGACUUCAAUAGCUUUACAGAGGGAGACGGAGGGAGCUGAGGGCUGGUUGUGUGCUGACCUGGCACUGUAAAAAAGCUGAGCGGCAUUCAGACUGUGUUGGAGGCACUAGACAUGUCCUGUGUAUUUAUUCAGCAGCUCCUUAGACCUCCUCGCCUCUCAAGGCUCCGCCAUAUUGACCCUCAACCUUUUUGAAGGCUGGAGAAAAUGACUUUUUCCCCUGCGUGUGGACUAUUUCUUUCUUUCUUUCUAUUUUUUUUUCCUUUCUCACUUUCAUAAUUUUCACCAAAUCUGAAGAAGGCCGCCUUCAAAAGGCAAACAGUAAAACCCUCUACGGAUGGCAAACCCUUUAUUUAAAAAAUGGAAGUGAACUGGAUAUGUUGAAAUGAAGUCUACCUUCUAAAAAAAAUCUGAUUCUAAAUAUGGGACUUACAGCAGUCAACUGUUUACGUAAACCUAUUUAAUUCAGGAGUCCAGACGUCUCGAAGAACCGUGUUCUAGAACCUCUCGAUCCAUAUAAAAUGUUCCAAGCAACAAACCAAACUUUUGUAUUGAUUUCAUUUAUAUUGUAUGGAGAUACAAACACGUUUGCUGGGGUUGUGGUUCACUGUGCUAGUUUGUACAAGAUGUUGUUUACAAAAAAUGGUUAUAAAAAGGAAAAAAAAAA